AUGCAUCCCUACCAGGCGAGUUUGACGCUCUGGCUGGCUCUGGCUGGCCAUCAGGUUACCGCGCAGUUUGUCGAAACCCCCACCAACUUCACCAAUGCUACGGGCAAUGCCGGUGUUCCCGUUCGGUACAAAGAGGUACCGGCGGGCAUCUGCGAGAUGAAUCCAGACGUGAAAAGCUAUUCGGGCUAUGCCGAUGUUGAGGAGAACCAACACAUAUUCUGGUGGUUCUUUGAAGCCAGAAAUGUAAACGCCAGCGAGGCACCGCUGACUGUAUGGAUCAACGGCGGGCCCGGGUCCUCCUCCAUGAUCGGUCUCUUUCAAGAACUCGGCCCCUGCACGGUCAAUUCGAGCGGCGAUCCGGUAGAUAACCCUUACUCAUGGUCCAACGUCUCCAAUAUGCUCUUCAUCGACCAGCCAACUCAGGUCGGCUUUUCGUAUAGCGAGGCGGUUCCAGCGUACGUCGACGAGACUGGCGGCUACGUUGUGGUCUUGCCAGAAAACACUUGCCCAGACUAUGCCGAAGACCAGGACUGUGGCACUUACUCCCUUCCGUAUCAAGACCUCACUGCAAACACCACCGACCUUGCCGCGCCAAAUAUGUGGAAGACCAUUCAAGGUUUCAUGGGUGCGUUCCCACAGUACUCACGAAACGAGUUCUUCUUUGCGACUGAAAGCUACGGAGGCCACUAUGCACCAAUCUUCAACGACUACUUCCUCGACCAGAACGAGAAGGAAAUCGAAGGCGCCCAAAAGAUCAAACUGGCCGCCGUCCUCAUCGGCAACGGCUGGUACGACCCUCUCAUUCAAUACGAGGCAUUCUAUAACUACACUGUCAACCCGGGAAACUCCUACGAUUACGCACCAUUCAACGACUCAAUGAGCGCCCUUGUGUACAACGCCAUGUAUGGUCGCGGCAACUGCUACGACAUGACCGUCGACUGUAACAAGAACGGCUGGAAUAGCGUGUGUGCCUACGCGGACGCCUUCUGCUACCAGAACGUCGAGUACAUCUUCGAUCUCGUCACCGGACGCGAUGAGUACGACAUCCGGUAUCUGACCCCAGACCCGUUCCCACCCACUUACUACGUGGACUACCUGAACACGCCAGAGGUUCAAGCCGCCAUCGGUGCCUACGUCAAUUUCACCGAGAGCAACAAUGCCGUGAGCUUGGCUUUCGCCAACACCGGCGACGACGACCGCGAACUCGGCACCGUCGCAGCCACCAAGCGCAUCUACGACGCCAAUGUGACCAUGAUCCACUACUACGGCGACGCGGACUACGUAUGCAACUGGAUCGGCGGGCAAGUCAUCGCCGAGAACGUCGGCGCCGCCGGCUUCGAGGACGCAGGCUUCACCAACAUCUCCACGUCCGACGGCAAAGUUCACGGCCAAGUCAAGCAGGCAGGGAGAUUCGCUUUCGUGCGCAUUUAUGAAUCUGGCCACGAAGUGCCGUUCUACAAGCCCCUGGCUGCGCUGGAGAUGUUCGGGCGUGUGGUCAAUGGUUUGGACAUCGAGACAGGAAAAGUCAACAUAACGGCGGGUUAUUUGACCAAGGGGACGGUGACGAGUGACUUCAAGGAAGGCAACAGUACCGUGCAGCUGGAAGUGGUGGGAGAGGAUGACGAUGUCGUCUACGAUGUGGACACGGCGUUGCCGGUCUACGAGAAUGGGACAAGCGCGAAUACGGGGCCUAGAAGCAACCCUCCGAGCCGGUUGGUGAGGCGGGAUCAGGAUAAGAAGGAGAAGAGUAAGCGGAGAAAGAGAGCGCAGAGGUGGCGGCCGGGGAAGCAGAACUUGUAUAGGAGGAAUGCGCAGCCGAUGCCGUGGCUGUGA